ACUUCCGGGUCACAACAGAUGGUGCCUUGCUUUCCGGUUUUCUGUUGAGGUCGGUGAGGACUGUACUUCGCUUUGACUGAGUAUUUGUUGUCCUUCUCUCGCCUUCUAGCAUGGCUCCCGAAUCUUCUGCAGGGGUACCGACAUCUGGACAGAGAGGCGCCCCCUAUCAGAACCCAUUGGGUAUGGCAUAUGUUCCAACAGAGGAGGAAAGAAGAGUGUUUAAGGAGUGCAACGAUGAGAGUUUCUGGUAUAGGUCUUUGCCAUUUGCUGCUGUAGGCAUGUUUGUCACCCAAGGAUUAAUUGCCAGGGGAAUACUCACUUCCUCGGCACGAUUUGGUUCAGUUCCCAAGGUUGCAUUUGCUGGUGUCUGUGGUUACCUAGCUGGAAAAAUGUCAUAUAUGAAGACUUGUCAGGAGAAGUUUAAAACCCUUGACAACUCUCCACUUGGAGAAGCCCUUCGUCGGGGCCAUAGGCCAUUGCCAUCUCAAUAUUCAUUUAAUGAGUCAGAAUCUGUAAAGACAAGGAGAAAUGAUCAACAGUCUUCAGAUUCAUCGACUGAUCCCAGCCCAGCUCCCCAAAACUACAGUGAUGACUUCAGUUACACAGAGCGAUCAUUGUCAACAUAUGAUUCCAUUCCCUUUAGCACCACCCUUAGUGAGUCUGCACCUACAGGUAUGAAUGAGACAGAUCUGCAAAAUGUGCUAUUGGAAGAAGAAAGAGCAGUACGGAAACCAAUAACUUAUGAGGAGUUAAGGAGUAAAAACAGAGAAAAUUAUGAAGUGACAAUGACUCAGAAGACUGAAACAAUGGUUAAGCCCCCACAAGAAAAAGUUCUCCAAAAAAAAGACGAGAAGAAAAACAAGUAUGGAGAUACAUGGGAAGAGUAACACAGCUGUUGUUAACUAGGCCUACAUUUUUAAAUUUGCAUAGUGUUAUGCAGACUUUUAUCAAAGUCUUCAAUAUUCUUUGUACAUUUGCAA